AUGUCAGAUACGCUGUCUGAUGCACCAAGCUUGCCUCCUGAUGUUGAAUCUGAAGAUGAUAACAAAGACGCAUCUGAAGCAAGAUCCGUAAGUCUUCCCUCUGACGUUCAAUCUGAUGCUGAGCCUGGAAAUCUUCAAAAGCAUUGCAGCUGCCGAUUGCAAUGUUACCUGAAGUUUGAUGAAGCAGAAAUCGAACAUCGACGUGCUGAAAAUUUGAAGGAUCAGCAGGUUCGACUCCAGAAUUUAUUUGGAAAGGUGAAAUCUUUCGUGGAUGCUUUAUCUGUAAAGACUGCUCGCAUAGAUUGGCAAAUGGGUGGCCAAAAAGUGUGCAGGCCCUUUUGGGAGUAUUGCCACUCAGUAGGCCACAAACAAGUGGACGACAUGGUGAAAUUGGCUAAGCUUGGACAUGCUGCUCUCCCUGAAAAAGGCGCCCGGAUGCCCAAGGAGAAGCCUCGCAUGGAUGAGGCUGAUGUUUGGUUCCUUAACUUAUAUACAGGUCUUGCAGAGCCGACACCAGUGGAAGAUGGUGGCCAUCGCCAUGUGGAAGAACUUCCUGAUGCAGAUCAAGUGCAUGAAGUUGUCCACGAUGUUAGCCAUCCACUAUAUUCAAUGUCUGUUGGUGUUGGCAACCAGGGGGCAUUGGUCCCGAAGCGCUUCCUCAAUCAGGAGAAUUUGGCUUCUUUGUGGCAUGUCUACGAGCUGAACAAGUCGGAUGAGCCACGUGUGUCCCGGGAUACCUUCACCAAAGCUUUCAAUCGACACUGGAAAAGGAUUUUAUGCUUCAAGGGUUAUGGUCAAGGAGUACGAUGUCAAGUUUGUGCUGAUUUUGAUGAGAGGCGUUCGCAGCUGACUUCAAAGAAGGAGCGCCAGGAGAUUGACGAGUUGAAGCAGCAGCACCUCAACAGAUGUGACAUGGACCGAUCUGUCAAUGUCAGGGGCAACCGAUUGUCAAAGCAGGAUUCAAAUUUUAAGAUGGAGAACUCCUCGACUAGCUUCCUCAAGGUGUUGGUGGACGGGAUGGACCAGGCAAAAUUUCGAUGUCCCAGAAACUUGAAAGCCAAUGCAGCCUUCGCCAAUGUCCAAAGGCCGGCCUUGCAUCUCACUGGAGCUGUGGCAAUUGGCCUCUGCGAGGUUUAUUAUAUUCUUGCGCCUGACACCAAGAAGGACAGCAACAUGGUUGCAACUUGCUUGGCCCACCUUUUGGACAGAUGCCAACUUGUUGUCGAAAAUAGAGGACCAGAUUAUUGCUUGCCAAGACAUCUCAUCAUUGGAGCGGACAAUUGCACCAGGGAGACGAAGAAUGCCUAUUUGGCCCAAUUCGGUGCCUUCCUUGUGGGAAGGGGUUUAUUUGAUUCAGUGGAGUUUCAGUUUAUGGUCACUGGCCACACAAAGAAUGAGCUGGAUCAGCGCUUUUCAAGCGUUGCGACGAUUUUGAACAAGGCUGGCACCCUGGAAACGCCAUUGCAAUUUGCCAACUACAUGACGCACCAUGUUAAGCCAGCAAUGGCAACCGAGAUGCAGGUGGAGGUCUUGGAUGCUACUAGGGAUUGGCAAGCUUUCUUUGAACAUUUGAGCAUGCACGUGCAAGGGCUCACAGCGACCCACCUUCAGCCUGAUUCAAACCAUGUUUGGCGCUUUGUCUUGCGACAGCAAAUUGACCGUGCCCAAAUGGUGGAGAACCACAACCCAAACUGGAAGGAUUUUCCUGAAGACCCCAGGGAUGUUGUGCUGAUUCUCAAGCAGUUCAUGUCCUCGGCCGAAGCGUCGCAACCACCUCAGCUGAUGCUUCCAGCUCAGCUUCUUGGCAGUUUCAAGCGGGACCUCUUGACGAUUGCCGACAGAAGGCAGUGGUCUGAAGAUCAGUUGGAGCAGUACCUGAAGACUGCUCAAGCCGUGUCGUCGGAUCCAUGGAGACUCUUUGAGGCGCAGGCAUGGCUGGAAGGCUUGUGCCAUGCUAACAAGCAUCGGCUGUCCAAGGAGCCUCCAGUCUUUUCUUUGGUUUUGCAGGAGCAUGAAAUGCCUGAGAUCGUCACAGAUUUGCCAGAUGAAGCCCUGUUUCAGCCGGAUCCGGCACCUCGUCGUGUCAGAGUGUUGCUGAAGCGACCUGCUGCUGCAGCCAAGUCAUGUCGACAGACGAAGAUGAGAAGACCUGCAGCAGCUCUGCCAGGUGCUGCAGUUGCAGCACCAGCAGACGCUGCAGUAGCCGCGGCGGCCAAGCCUGCUGCAGCACCUUCUGGAUCGCGACCGCCCAUGCGCAGACCCGCGGCUGCAGAACCCUCAGACCGUGCCAAUGCUCCUCCGGAGUCACAUGUGGUUGAGGCUUCUUUAGGGAAUUACACAUGUCAAUGUUCGGAGACUCUGAUAUGA